AUGCUAGCUAGCUACCUUGCAGGAUAUCAGGAGCGAGUGAUGCUUGCGACAAAUGGCAAUAUCUUCUUUGUUGACUACGUAUUGCUGAACCGAAUUGCAGCCAACACAAAGCCAAAUCAGCAAUACCUCGAAGCACCGAUGUGUCUCUUGUACCUGAAUCCAAGGAAUGAAUUAGUUCCCAUUGCAAUCCAGAUCAAACAGGAGCCGGGUCCAGAGAACCCCAUCUUCCUUCCGACGGACAGCAAAUACGACUGGCUGCUGGCCAAGGUCUGGGUUCGUCACGCUGAUACACAGGUCCACCAGCUCGUCUCACACCUGCUGAACACUCAUCUGUUUGCCGAAGUCUUCUGCAUCGCGACCCUCCGGAAGCUUCCGAGCGCACACCCCGUCUUUAAGCUUCUGAUGCCUCACCUGAAAUUCACUUUACACAUCAACACCGAAGCAAGAGGUCUCCUGAUCUCAGAGGGUGGGGUCUUUGAUCAGAUCGGCGCGAGGGGGUCGAGAGAGAGGACGCAAAGCUGUAAGUUGGGCGAGGAUCGGACCCCAAGCGGGGGUCCGAGGCCGGGAGCUACUCCGAGGAGGGGGGAUGAAGCUAGAUGUGCUUGGUUGACCACUCGGAGGGUCCUGAGCUGUUUGGAGAGUCGAGGAGUUCGGAGGGGAUCGAAUGGUGGCCAGAAGACUUCAGUAAUUGAGCUCCAACGGCUGUGCACGAAGUGGUUUGGACUUUGAUAAGUUUGGCGCCUUUUCGUUAAUUUUCUCUUCAUAUAUACUGUAUCGUUAUUAAUCACUUAGUUAUAGUAACCUUUAUAAAUUGUACUCAUUUAAUCGCUUAUGGUGUACUGUCUGUUUUUGGGCGAGGCGGGGACAUCACACAGCAUCCACACCAGCUGGUCACCCAGUUUGGCGGGGCCGAAGGCUGCUCCCCCUAGACAAGAACGAGC